CUCGAGGUGAAUCUGUGUGAAGCCGUCCUCUUUGCUACAUCAGCGACUGUACCACAAUGUCCAAACCGAAGUUUCAGACAGAUUGGGAGGAAAUUGACGAGGAAUAUCAACAAUUACAGGAAACCCACAAAAUAUACAGACAAAAGCUUGAGGAGCUCACCAAUCUUCAGGCGACGUGCAGCAGCUCCAUCAGUAAACAGAGAAAAAGCCUCAAAGACCUACGGCUCAGUUUGACCAAGUGUGGGGAAACGUGUGAUGGAAAAGACUUAGAACUAAUAAAGGACAUCAAAACACAAAUAAAAGAAAAAGAAAAUGUCUUCUUUGAUAUGGAGGCAUAUUUACCAAAGAAAAAUGGGCUCUACCUGAAUUUGGUUCUUGGAAAUGUGAACGUAACUCUCCUCAGCAACCAGGCAAAAUUUGCAUACAAAGACGAAUAUGAGAAGUUUAAGCUUUAUAUGACGAUAAUCCUGAUGUUUGGAGCAAUAACCUGCCUCUUCUUUCUCAACUGUCGAGUCACUGAUGAAAUUUUCAACUUUUUGCUGGUGUGGUACUAUUGCACAUUGACUAUAAGGGAAAGCAUCCUAAUGAGCAACGGCUCCAGGAUCAAAGGUUGGUGGGUUUCUCACCAUUAUGUAUCGACCUUUCUGUCAGGUGUGAUGCUCACCUGGCCAGAGGGGCCUAUGUAUCAGAUGUUUAGGAGCCAGUUCCUCGCUUUCUCCAUUUAUCAAAGCUUUGUUCAGUUCCUACAGUACUACUACCAGAGUGGCUGCUUAUACCGGCUGCGAGCUCUGGGAGAGAGAAAUCAGCUGGACCUCACAGUGGAGGGAUUUCAGUCAUGGAUGUGGAGAGGCCUCACAUUUCUUUUGCCAUUUCUCUUUUUUGGCCAUUUUUGGCAGCUGUACAACUCAGUGACCCUGUUUCGUUUGGCAGGACAUGAGGACUGUAAGGAGUGGCAGGUAUUUAUGCUGGCGCUGACAUUUCUCGUCCUAUUCCUUGGAAAUUUUCUCACCACGUUAAAAGUUGUUCACCAAAAGAUUCAGAAAAACCAGGAUAAGGUGCAAAAAAAUGACUGAGAACAAAAGUCAGCCACAUACUUCAGAUGCAGCAAACGGCCAGUAAUUUUCAAGCAACACGCACAAUCGCUUCACAAACUGACCACGGUACGAUCAAGCCGCGAGGACACAAAGCCGCUCUUCCUCUCAGGCUUUGAUGACGACAGCAGCAGCGUCCAGCCAAAGUUUCCGGCCAGCAGGCUUUUUUUUUUUGUUUUUUUUGUUUUGUUUUGUUUUGUUUUUUUUAAUUGCUUCCGAUGAGCUGUCGUCGACUUUGCUGCACAGUCGUCACAUCUCAGAAUGGCCUCACGUGCUAGAUGAACAGUGUGUCGCUUUCUCCUGUACAUAGAGGAAAGAAUGUGUGUUUUAUUUGGGUGUUUGUGUCAGUGCAUGAGAGCCUCUGUUCAAAUCAUAUGCAACUAAAAGAGAGCAGGUAGCAUCGAGUGAAGGACCAGAACGUAGUUUGCCUUUGAAGACCUAAAGUCUGUUGUGUACAUGCUUCAUACUUCUGUGAAGUAGUGAUGGUCAAACUGUCUCUGGCUUCAACAAAGCUGGUCAACUUGGCAUCGCGCUGAAACAACUAUGUUUUAUGUAGUUCUCAAAGUCCUGAUGUGCUAUUUCACUGCUCCCCAGUAUUUUUAACCUUUAGCCACUUAAGGUAAGUAUAGGUCCACAUCAUUGACUGUAUAUUAAUAUGGACAACAUCUCUCUGUCUAUUGUACAAAAGUGAAGCCAAGAUAUAAUGGGCACAGGCGUGUUACACUGUCGAUGCAGUUUAGAGCCAAGACACUUGAAGAAGGAAGGUGGCAGUGCUUGAAUAGCAGAAUUUAUGCCUAUCCUCUCCAGGUAGCCUGAAGCACAAAUUUACUGAUGAAACAUCAGGAUUCCCCUAGGUCAGUACAGUCCACAGUUAGAGACGCUCCUAGCAACUGAUGUCGUUGUCAGUAAAAUGUUGAUUUUAAUUCAGACAAAAUAACUGGUCCAAAGCAAGAACUUUUGGAAUUUUGCAAUAAAUACUGUCAGAUUGGCUUGAUGAGUGCAGCUAGCGUUAGCAGUGCUAGCACCACUGUUUUCCUCUACCCUAACCCUAAAUGUCCACAGACCUGUGCUGAAUGUGGUUCUCCGCGUCAGUUGCCACCCCACAUACAAGUUUAUCUCAAUAUUCUAGAUCGAAAUACUGCCAAAUAUAAGAUGCCAUCCAUAUAACAUACUUGUUUACAUCAGGGCAAUAGAGCUAGCACUAGAGCCAGGCUCAUUAACCUGAGCUACCGCCAGUAUGUUCAGCACAUGGAAAUAUUAAUAAUUCGUUCAAACAACCAUUGAUUUUAGUACUGUCUGGCAUCAUUUAACCCUUUUGCCGACUGGCUGCAUAAAUCCUUGGUUCCCAGUAGAAUAUUUUCUGUGUCAGUUUGCAUAAGAAGCUCAUGUUUAUCAGGCUGAAAUGCAGCAAGGAGCCACAUUCAUCAACAUAGAUGUCAGUAUGAAGGUUACAUCUUGUCUUUUUCAUCAGAUCAGUUUAAUCAUCAUGAUUAUAAACUACCGCAACAGAGUUGAGUUUAACAAAGUUUAAUUUCAUUUGUAUAAUAUCGUUAUGGUUAGACCCAUGUCCCAUCUGGUAACAUGGAUCAGGUGGGAGUUGUAGCGCAUAUUGCAGCCAGUCAGCAGAGGUUGCUCCGGUUCAGAUGCAAGCCUACAUACAAGUUUAUCUCAAUAUUCUAGAUCAAAAGACUGCCAGAUACAAGAAGCUAUCCAUUAGCAUGCUUGUUUACACCAGGGCAAUAGAGCUAGCACUGGAGCUAUGCACAUUAACCUGAGCUACAGCCAGUAUGGCCAGCACCUAGAAAUAUGAAUAAUCUGCUAAAGCAACACUUAAUUCUGAUACCAACUUGCAUGCCUGACUUUUUUUUUUACCCUUUUAUUGUCCAGCUGCGCAGAUCCUUAGCUCACAGCAGAACAUUUUUCUGUGCCAGUUUGCAGCUGGUGCUCAUGUUUAUGGAAAGACAACAGAAUCCAGUUUGGUAAUGUUUAAAUUGGCGUCGGUACCAUGGCCCAGCUGGGAUUUAUAGCGCAAGUUUCAGUCAGUCAGCAGGUGGAGCGCUGAAUAUUUUGGCUUCACUCCCAUCCAACUUCUGUUCCGUCCAUCUUAAUAUACAGUCCUCAAUUUUACGAACAGAAAUCUGAUACUUACUGCCCAAAAUGAAAAUUUCAGGAACUUUUGCUGUUAUUUUUGUACGUCUGUAGCAGAUUUUUGUUGUUUACUAGUUUUACAUUCGUCUGACUUUAAGGGAAUGCAACACAAAUCUUCCCUUCAGGCAGCGGUUACAAAAGCCAUAAAUGAUUUUUAGUAUCCUCUAAUGCCUAAACUGGGUAAGCUGAAUAAGUCAGAUGAAUACAGACACAAAAUCCUGUACUGUCUCAAAGGAAGUCAUCUUGUCGAACCAUUUCUAGCUGUAACACUUUUAUGUUCUCACUAACAUAAUGCGAACCGUUUAAUAAGAAACAUAAUCUUUCAUGGUUAAGACUGUAAGUGUGUCACAUUUUGUUACAAAAAAGGGAUCUGAGAUGUUCACAGUUUGAUUUUUCAAAACUGUGCUGACAAUACUUGACACUUGUACUUCCCUUCUUGUUGUAUGAUGUUGCAGAAAUGAUCAAAUGCUGCUAUUAGUGCUGGUACUGUAAGAUAAGGAUGCAAGAUGAUAAAAAUGUGCUGGAUUAUGUUUCAAAAUCCACUAAAUCAUAAGCCUAUUAAGUUUUUAACAGCCAAAAAUUUUUGGCGUUUGCUCUAUUUCACUGUCUGUUAGCCUGGAUCAUGUUACAUGAGGGAUUUUGUGCUUGUUUAAACACCUCUUUUUGUCAUGUCCCCAAUGCCUUAUUGUACCCUCAGCAUGUCACAACAAAAGAAAAAUGAAGAGUUGUGUUACUUUUUUCACUGUCAUGCCCCACAAAGCAAUCAUGCAUAAGAAAAUCAUAGUUUUCAUGUUUUCACUGUAAUUUUUUUUAGCUAAAUGAAGCUCAGUGAGUCAAAAAUGAAGUUGCAUUUGAUACUACAGCUGCCAGAAUGCACAAAAUAUUUUGUUUUCUUAUUUUAUGAUGUAGCUAAUGUUACAUGUUUCCAUUGAUCAAUUCAACACUGUAACAGGUGCCUGAGUCUGAUCAGUAAUCCGAGACAGUUUCUCAAUCUGUGUACAUUGUUGUUUAAAAAAUAAUAAAACCCUAAAUGAA